AUGUUGCAAGGCUUCCGCAACCCUUCCGUACAGUACAGAGUUAUCCGGCAGAAGCCUAACAAGUUCGGAGUCGGAAGUACUUGUACCGAAUCUAACUAGUAAGGUUCUCUAGAUCUGAAUGACAAUUACCGUAUUCAAGUAGCGGGCACGGUGUGGAAAACAAUUUCAGUUUCGUGUAGAAUGAGCCUUGUUGGUAGAAGCAGCCAAACCCUAAAGAUUCCGAUCGUCUUCAUAAAUUGUUCUCCUAAUCGGUUCCAAAUUAGCAAGUCUGGCUUUAACCAGCUUCUCGACGCUUCUUUCACAGUUCAAGUUGAUUCCACAGUCCAACUCCUAUUUUUCUCCCCGUCCGUCCCUGUCUCCCCCCCAAUCUCCACAGAAGCAACAACUUUUCGAUGUGGGUGGUUGUCAGAGAAGAAGCCGGGGGCGAAAAUGUUCAUUACCCAUAAAACGGUCGUCCAUAAAACCGCUGGCCGCACCUUUUUCGUUUUCGAAACGGUCGAAAGAGUCCACCCUCGAGCUCUCAUGAUUAUUAUUAUUUCUCUCUUUUAUCACCGCUAUCACAUCGCCCACCGGACGCUUCUCCUUUUUGCGCGCGCGGCCGAUUUUAUCGAUCCACAAAUAGAAAUCGGAGAAAAAAGAGAAAGAGAUAGAAGAAGAUCGGGGGGUGAAAAAGGAGGAUGGGUGGUACGGAAGGAAACGGGUAUUGGAAAGGCUGGAAAGAGUUCGGAAUCGAAUCAGAAUGGGAGAAAUUGGAUUAAACGGACUGAAAAGGGCAAGGAACGACGAGAAAGAGUAGGGAUUCAGAUUUCUGGAAGAACGAUGAUUUUGUGGUUAAAUUGCACUGUAUGUGAUGAUAACAUAACUAGAGAAGCACCAAAGAAGAACCUAGACUCCUUUUGAACAUUGAAAUGAAGUGCUUAUGAUAAUAGUGAUGAUGACUGAAAUCUUGUGAUUCUCAAACUUUUCCAAGUGCUUUCAAAAGAAAGUGUUGUGUCCAAAAGUGAGUUAAGGGAGUAAAGGGGAAGCUAGCCAAAGGUGUGUGCCUCUCCCUCUCUGCUCCAGUGAAUGUUGUAUGAAAUAUGAUUACAUUUCAAUCUUAUUACCCACCCAAAAGGCGUGUGCCCCUAUUCACACCCUCUCAACACUUCCAUCCUUCCAACCUCUUUUCUGGAAAACGUGUGACUUGUCUUCGGCUCUUUUCUUUUUCUCGUUCUCGCGCUCUCCCGUUCCCUUUCUUAUUUUAAUUUCCGUUUUGAUUGCAGGUGCCCCACAAUGAACAUGAUGCAGAUGGGUGCUCCUAUGAACGGGGGACCUCCUCCCCCUCAAAUGCUUCAGAUGCACCAUCCCCACCAGCACCAUCACGUGGCCGUGUUCCCGCACGGUUCGUCCUCGCAAACGGCCACGGCCACCGGACAGGCUCCGCCCCUACAGGCCGCCUCGGCAACCCCGCCUGUCCCGUCGAGCAUGAAUCGAUCGCAGAGGUGAGUACCAUCCCUAGCGCGGGUGAACGUGCCACGUCAUAAGUGUGAACUGUUAGUAGAGCUUCUUGUCCGCAAUCCACUAGGGAAAUGUCCUCGCAUAGGUCGACGACAUCGCGCAGGUGAGUCACAGUUCUUCUUCUUUUCUUUCUUUUAUCACCACCACCACCACCACCACCAAUGUGACUGUUGCUCUCCCACCAGACAAAGUUCCUAUCAGUUUUUUUCCCGCUUUGUCACGUCACACACAUCCAAUUGUUGCCUGAGUCUCUUUGACCGCCUCACUCUCUCUUACUAACUCACCUUCCCAUAGAGGUUAAAGGUAUACCAGGGGAUAAGGCAAUAACAAUCAAGGGUCACAGAAGAUUUAUAUGAGAGAGAGAGAGGGAGAGAGAGGGUCUGUCUCUUUCUCUCUCUCUCUCUCGCAUGGUCCUUCUCUUUCCUUCUUUUCUUCUCUCCUCAUUAGCACACAACCGCACCCCAGGGCACUCUACACAUUACAUACACACACACACACACACACAAGGACGGUAUUAAAGGAAGGUUGAAGAGAAGGAAAAACAAGAAGAGACGGUGUCUCCGCAUUCUCUCCAAACUCCUUUAUCCCUUUCCAUAAAGGGAUCAGAUCAGAUAAAGUUUGACCCUUUUCUGUGGAAACAUAUUUGGGGGUGGGUUACUGUACUGCCACGUCACUUCCUAACCCGCAUGCUUCCAUUGCUUCUCUCACCACUCUUCUCUAACCACACAGCCUCUCUCCUCUUCAAGCCCUUUUCCGGUUUUCUCUGCCAGAGCUACUCUGGAGAAGAGCCCGCACAGAGACAGAGUACCUAGUGGGGGAGAUGAGAAGCCCGAAGGGAUCCCUAGUCCGAAAUCAGCUGCCACGUCCAUCAUCACUGCCCUAAUCACGUCGCCUCCGUCCGCAUAACCAACUCGUUCUCGUCUUCCAGAUGCGGCGUCUGCAAAGGUUGUCAGUGCAAACCGUGCGGACAAUGCACUUACUGCCAGGAUUCCCCACAAUUCGGAGGUCCGGGAGUCAAGAAGCAGAGUUGUAUAGAGAGAAGAUGUUUGCGGGUGCUGGAGAAUAGACUUCAGGUAUUCAGAAGACUCGUUUGCACCCCGAACAGCUUACUUUCAGAGAGACGCUCCUACAUUCAAAGCACGCGUCGGUUGUAAUGCUUGUGAAGAUUGCCGGAUGCAAGACUGUCAAAUUUGUCUAGUGUGUCUAGAUAAAAGGUGAGUAUUUCGACGAGAUUCCCAAGAUUCAUUUGACUCUCCAAAUGAUACAUUUUCUGUCAGUUUAUGAGCAAUUUGCAGAUUCUUCGACAAUCGACACAUUCCGGGCGCAAUGUGUGCCAAAAAGCGUUGCAACAAUGCGCAAAGCAUCGAAUGCGUCCCCCAAAUGCCCCAAACUCCUGUGGAAUUUGCGCAGCGAGCACCGAAAAGGAGUUACGAGUUGAUCAGUCCGGUUGUGCAGCAGCCUCAGAUGCACUUUGACGUCAAACGGGUUCAGUACAUGACCGGUCCUCCACAGAUGAUGCAGCAGAUGCAAAUGCAGCAGCAGCAGCAGCAGCAGCAUCCACAACAGCAGCAGCAACAGCCCCAACAGCAGCAGAGACCAAAUUGUAGGCAUUUCAAACUAAACGAACAAUCUCUCAAUCGUCGCAUUUUCAGCAAAUUCCUCGCACUCGCAAGGACCGUCUCCCAUUCGGAACGGAGUUUCACAACAGGCACCGCCGCAGCAGAAUGGAGUACAUCACGUGAAGAAUGAGUGCGUGAAUGCGGAGAAUCUGGAGCAGCAACAGCACCAACAGCAGCAUCCACAUCAUCAACAACAGCAACAACAACAGCAACAACAACAGCAGCAGCAGCAGAGGAUGAUGUUCCAGCCGAAUCCCUAUCCAGGUAAGAGUGUUACAUCCAAUUAAUAAAACGUUUCAAUUCACCUGCACAAGCUUCAAGAUUAUCUUUUUAGUUGAAAAAAUCGUCCAGCAGUCUAUAUUGUUCUUUCAGAGAUGAACGGCCACGCCCGGAUGAUGGCCCCUCCGCCGCCAGUGUCAGCGCCUGCUCCGAUGCCCCUUCCGCAAGGACAGAUGACCCACAUGCCGCAGCACGGACUCGACAUCCCGUACCUCAUCCCAACAUUCGGACAAGGCGGUCAAUCCGACUUCUACCCCUCGAAGUUCGAUCUUGACUUUGAGCACAACGGAGAUCCGUUCGUGCCGCCCAGCUACGCACAAGACAUGAAGGGCCAGGUGGUACUGCAGCAGUUAUGAUCUUCUCCCUUUCUCAUUCUGAUUGUGACACGUCUCGAUUUGUGAUAUCUUCUCCCCCCACUUCCGCUCCCUUCUAUGUCUUUUUGUCUCAAAGAGUUUUCUCUCGCCGAAGACUUCUUCCAGUACAAGUGCCUUACCUUAUUUAUUUCCGAUUAAAUCAUGGUGGCGAAUUGACGGAGGGCGAAGGGAAAGCGAAGAGAAGUUGAAUGAAACAACAACAUGAUGAUCUAGUUAGGAAGUAUUCAACUCGGAGACGUUUUCUUCUCCUCCCGCUCCUUCAAUUCGCCAAUGAUUUUUCCUCGCCCCGCUGUUGCUGCUGUUGCUCCGCGCCCUUCCGUUUCUCUAUUUAUUCCUCUUUUUUUCCAAGCAUAAAGUACCAUAAACAUCUGUGAUUUUCUCUCAACUUUCCCCCAUUUUCAGCCCCUUUUCCCCUCUCCCAGCUCUCUUUUUGAGUAUUAUCUAUUCUAGGAACCGUUUCUUUCUCCCUCCCGCACUAAAUUCUCUUCAGGGAUCCGUGUCUGUCUCUUUUUUGUGCAAUUUUCGCUUCCCCCUUUUUGGUUUGGUUCAUAAUAAUAGCUACCGUAAUUCUUUUUCGCACCUAGGUUUUGAGUUAGAAUCCUAGGCCUAGGCCCCGCCCCCUUUUCAUCCAAAAAUUCGUUUCUUUCGCUUUAUUAUCUCUCAUUCUUUGCGUCUCUCUCUCUCUCUCUCACUCGUUUGUUUUCUAUGCACAUUUUCUGUGAAUUAAGAUUUUUAUUCAUUCUAAUAAUAAUAAUUUAAUAACUCACCUCGCACUUUCUUCCCAGUUUUCAUCGCUCGAAAACUGGCCCAUCUAGAACCCUUCUGUGCCUUUUUCUCUGUUUCUCUAACCCCUCUCUCUCUCUCUCUCGUUACUUAUCACCUCUUCGCUCUGUUGUGAACUGAAACAAAAUUGAUGUGUAAAUAUUAAGAAACUACACAUUUUUGGGAACGAAACGCAACAGAAUGACGCUAAUUUCAGGAGUGAGUCGUCAGAAAAAAGUGCGGUCGAGCGCAGUUACAGAUCAUAUUCAAAAAAAAAAGAAGCGGAAGUUCGAAAAAGUAAUGUUUGCCAACCGGAAGCUCUACGCUCUUUGUUUGCUUGAAAGUUGGGCAACUUCGGAUCAGCACGUAAAGAUCAAGAAAUGACUGUAAUUAUAUCAUUUUCGACACACGAUUCAAGUCGAUUCAACUUUGUUCAUUUCUAAUUGAAAUCUGCUCGUUUUGGGCUCAAAACGAGCGCAAUUAUUUGUGUUUUACGUCAUUUUUGACGAAAAACAUAAUACUGGUAGGCGUGCAUUUGCUGAUGAAUUGGGGGCUCUUAUCUGAAAUGUGCUCCGGCGCACUUGUCCCCGGCAUCUAUCGUCAGUACAUUAACAUAUUUCAAACUGAAGUCAUUGCCGCUUCUUCUUUUGCUCCGUCGGUGCUCCGAGCAGCUCAUAAAUCCAUUCGAUUCCACCGACAGGUGUCCCUUUUCCUCUUCUCUCUCUCUCUUCCUCUUUUCGUUUUGUCUCCUUUUCCCCUUCUGAAAUAUGAUACUCAUUCACAUCUUCUUCAUGCUUCUUCUCGCUUUUCCCCUCCUCCGCCGCCUUCUUCUUCUUCCUUUCCAUAUGCUCUUCUAGAUCCCCCCGAAUAUCGCCACGGGCGGUGUCUUCUGUUAAGUGACUCCGCCCCCAAUUGCUCUUCGGCUCAGCGGGCCCUAUCAUCUCGCUUUACACCCUCCCUGAAACCGAUUCGUCUCGAGCGAUUCGAUUCCACACUUCAUUCUCACUCUGCCGUGAAGAGACAGUGUUUGAUGGGACGAGAGUGCGGAGAAGUGUUCAGUGCACAUGUUAGUUUAUCAUCCGGUCCUCUCUCUCUCUCUCAUCUCGCUUAUCACUCCGCACUCCGUUGCCACCGGACGCGUGCCAAUUGACUUGGUCUCACCUAUGAGGGUGGUCCUCACACUUCCAAAAAUGAUCUCGACUAGGAAGUGAACCCAAGAUAUUAUAAUUUCCUAUCAAAAAGAGAAAGUUGUUGUCAGUUGUGCCUGCUCGCUUCAUCGAAACAACCAAUAACUUUUGAUUGCUCCAGAAGCAAUGAGCCAUUUGUCAGAGCCUAUUACGAUAAUGUUCACUCUUCAUUCAUUUCGUUCUCACCUCAUUCCAAUGUAAUUCGAUUCUCUUCGAAAGUCAUCGCCUCGCAGAUAAUUUCAUCAACUUUCUGUGAUGCUCUUCUCAAAAACACCAAUUCAUUUCGUUGUUGAUGCGGAAGGCUUCCGUCCCAAUACUCGCCGCUUAAUAUAUAAUUUGAGGCCGGAGAGACCCGAAUUCGUAGAGGGCGGAUGCUUGUUUUUGCUGUCGCUCGACCCCCCACCGCGUUCUUUUCGCUGCCAAAACUCGCGUGUGUAAACAUUGACACUCAUACUCGUCAUUUUGGGAUCAUGACUGUUCUCCAGUUUAUCUUUGAAAACCUUUCAGAUCCUGUCCGAUGACUCCUUGCGUGACGACGUGAAUUCGCUCCGAUCAAUGCGUCUUCCGAAUGACACCUUCAUCUUCUUCUUCGUCUUUAUUCUCUGCGAAGCCGUCCGUGACACGUGUCCGAUUGGAUGUACAUGCGAUGAAUCCACUCAACAGGUAUCGUUUUUGACGGAGAAUGACAAAUGAGUGACAAGCGAAGAAUGAUCGGCUUAACACUUGUUUGCAGGUCGUCUGCCAAGGACAACAACUCGUUACUUUGCCCGAUAGACUGCCUUCUGGAUUCGAGGUUUCGUUGAAAUCCGAUCGCAAAUGAAGAUGGGCAAUCGUUUCAGACUCUGAUCAUCCGCAACUCUUCAAUCCGCGCAAUUGAAAAGAAUUCGUUUCGGAAAAUGGAAAAACUGAUUCAGAUAGAGUUUGAAAACAAUGCGAAUCUGGGAACGAUCGAGAAGUUGGCAUUCAAGGGGCUCAGGAAGAUAAGGUCCGACUCUGCGGAAUUGAUUUCAAAUUCGCAUUGUUCCCGUUUUCAGGCUGAUCAAAUUCUCCGGCUGCACUGGACUCACAGAACUUCAGAAGAACGCGUUCAGUGGGAUUCAGAAUCAGAUGGGAUUGAAGAUUGUGUUCGAGAGCACUCCGAUCCACAGAAUAGACGGACACGCUUUCAGAAAUGCACAGAACAUUCGGGAACUGAUGAUAUCGGGGGAAGAGCUGGCUUUGUCCAGACACUGUUUCGCAAAUAUUAAUCAGGUUUUCAUUGAGUUACAACUAAUUACAACUGGAUUAUUUUCCAGCUGGACUUUCUGACAGUCUCUGGAGUCGUGCUCAUUGAGCCCGAAAUCUUCACAAACUCCACUCGAUUCCACGUGGUUCACUUCAAAAACUCUCACUUUGACAUUCCUCCGAACACUUUCAGCUCUCUUUCCCACACUUCGCACGUCAGUUUUAAUUUCAAAUACUUCAAAUACAAACCUCAGUGAUUGCAGUUGCUCAUCGAGCACAGUCGAAUUCCUUCGAUUGCGCCAGAUGCGUUCUCCGGACUGUCGACGAUCCAAGUGAUCGAAUUGCACGCCUGCGAGCUGGGGACCGUUUCGGCGCGAGCUUUUGCCAACGUGGAGAAUCUGGGAGAAUUGAAGAUUCUGAGGAACACUAUCGGAGAUCUGGACACUUCGGAAUCCGUCAUGUCGAAAGCCUUGAAGACGAGAAUUGAGGAGAAUACGUUGGAAUGCAACUGCGGAAUGAAAUGGAUGACAAGUGUUGAGGUGAGGAAAAGAAGAAGGUUGAAGAAAGAAGACCGAGGUUUGCAGGAGAUGUCGGACGUGAACUUCUGCAGUACAACGGCAUCGUUCCGCUCGAUUCGCUCGUUCGUCAAAGCGAAAUGUCUCCAGAUGGAAUCCAGGAAGAGUCACCUUCUGCAUCCCACGUCUUCCGUCCCCUCAGCCUCCUCCUACUUGUCUUUCUCCGUGUUAUCGGUCUUUUCCUGCCUACGGUUCUUCUCAGUUUCUAGUCUCCAUUUCUAG